AUGAAGCCCCAAGGCCGUACAUUCAUUAUAUCAGGCGGGUCCUCCGGCCUCGGUCUCGCAACCGCCACGGCUCUCCUCGCCCAAGGCGCCAACGUGUCCCUCUUCGACAUCAACCCCCCACCCCCAACCUCCCCCCCUUUACUCACAAACUCGACCCGCACCCUCUACACGCGCACAGAUGUCUCCAACACCGCAAGCCUCCAACACGCCAUCGACGCCACCGUCACCUGGAUCUCGACUUCCACGCACGCUGACCUGGGCGGCGUCAUUUGCUGCGCGGGUAUUGGAUACGGCGAGCGUGCAUUGCCGCGGCAAGAUCCCAAUACCACUUCCCCUGGCGGCAAAAAGAUAGUCAAGACAAUGUCCAUAGAGGCAUUUGACCGGGUCAUCGCGAUUAACCUGCGUGGUACGGUGGACCUGAUACGGCUUGCCCUGCCACACAUGGCUGCCGUGGAGGGCGAAGGGGACGACGAGGAGCGGGGUAUUGUUGUGGUUGUGUCGAGCUUGGCGGCAUAUGAAGGGCAGGUUGGUCAGUUGGCGUAUUCGGCCAGUAAGGCGGCUGUGGCGGGGAUUGUGUUGCCGUUGGCCAGGGAGGUGGGGAGGUCAGCGGGAGUUAGGGUUGUGGGUGUUGCGCCGGGGGUGUUUCAGACGGGGAUGACGACGAGGCCGAGGAAGGCGGCGUCGGGUGGUGAGGGGGCUGAGAAGAGGAGGGCUGGAGUUGCGGAGAGGAGUGGGGUUAAUACAGGGAUGAUUGAGUAUCCGAUGCGGAUGGGGAGGCCGGAGGAGUUUGCGGAGUUUGUGUUGGCGUGUGUGAGGAAUGGGAUGGUUAAUGGGAGUGUGUUUAGGUUGGAUGGAGCCGUCAGGAUGCCUAGUAGACUAUAA